GUGAGGAAGCGCAAGGGGGGGAAAUGGGGGGCCAAAAAUAAUGAAGGGAAGGGAAAUGCAGGCACGGGAGAUGCAGGAGGAGGAAGAGGUGUGGGUGAGUGGAGUGUGACUACGGCGGUAGGAGCGUGGUUAGAUCUUGAUUGAUUGAUGGAAUGGUGAAAGGUUGUGGAUUGAUGAUGAUGAUGCUGAUGAUGGUGCUGAUGCUCGGGAUUGUUUGUCUAGCGUGGGAAAGCAUUGAUGGUGCUGUGCUGAUGGAUUGGUAUAACCGACAUUCCGAUAUAUGUUACAACCAACGGAUGCAUGUGCGGAGUACGCUGAGUGUUGUAAUAAGAUGUACAUUGAAAGGCGGAGGCGAUUCCCAGCGGUGAAUGGUAAUAGCAAGAGUUGGACUCGUGUUUGUUAGUCAUGAGAUUAUUGCAACGGCUUAGG